AUGUCCUCCGCUGUAGGAGAGCUGGAUAACUAUCUCCAGUCUAUGCUUGCCCUUAAGCCUCCCGGUGUUUCAGGGUCCAAAAUCAGCAGCAUAACAUCUCUUUGUACCGCCAACGUCCAGAAUGAAUCCGUCCUCAUCCAGAAGAUCUACACACAUUUCAAGAAAGCACCGGGGACUCACAAACUGGGCGUACUCUAUGUCGUAGACUCUGUAACUCGACAAUGGGUAGAAGCAGCGCGCAAGGCGGGUCAGCCAGCCGGUAGUGCUGCUCCCGACGGAACAUUCGCUGCGGGUGUGAACAGAGUGACGGAGUUACUGCCUGUCCUCAUGACCGACAUAAUAAACAAUGCGCCCGAAGAUCAAAAGGAAAAAAUCAAGAAGUUGGUUGAUAUCUGGGAACGGGGCUAUACUUUCCCCGCGAAAAUGCUUGCUUCAUUCAAGGAGAAACUUAAUGCACCUGCACCACAGAACGUUGAGUCAACUACGCCAGAAGGUUCCCCUGCACCGAACUUUGUGCCUUUUGGGGCACCUCAAAGCCAGCAACAGAUCACAAAUGGCGCUCCCCAAACCACUUCGUCGCAAUCGGCACCAGAUACUUCUAGCAUUCUGAAGGCUUUGGCUGAUAUGGCCAAGCAGAACACGGCGGCACCGGUGGCUCCCGGCGCAGCGGCACCGGCCAACCCUCUUAGUGUAUUAAACCCGGCGAGCGCGCUUCCGCCGUCCGUAUCCUCGUCUGUAGACCAGGUUUCGCAACCGGCAAACAUGCAGGCUGGCGUAAACCCUUACGCUGGAACUAUCCCGGCACCUUUCGCAGCUCUAGGCAAUGUUGCUCAGAACCAAGGGCUGGGUCAGCCGCAGAGUCAGAGUCACACUCCGAACCCAUUGGCCACUCAACAGAAUCCAUUGUCGGCGCUUCUGCCGCAGCCAAGUGCAGCUCUUCCCCAACCUGCUCCAGGCAUGGGACCCGAUGCUUUGCAACAGCAGCUUCAGCUCUUGCAACUGCUAGCCGCACAGGGCAUCCCUCAGGAGCAGUGGGCCACCGCACUCCAAAUCCUUAACCUCUCCAACAACGCCAACAUGCAAGGCAUGAAUGCUGGACAGAUUCCUGGAUACGGUAACAUGCCCGGACAGAACCCCUCCUGGGGCAGCCAUCCGGACCCCCAGUCACGUGAUAUGGAUAGAGAACGUGAGAGAGACCGUGACUAUAUGCGUUCCCCUCCUGGCCAGUACCGACGUCGUUCACGCUCCCCGGGUUGGGAUAGACGCCGCGAAGUUUCCCCCCCUCGGCGUCGUGAGAGCCCUGUGUACGGCGAAUACCAUGGAGACUCGCCGGGCCGUAGGGGUGGCGACCCCCGUGAUAUGCGCGGCCGUCGAGGGAAUGAGUACCGCCAGCGGAGCCCUGCUGGACGGAGACGCCGUUCUCCCAGCCCUCGCAAGGACCCCAACCUUCCUCCUCCGGGACCAAAAUUCCUUGAAUGGGAUUAUUCCAUUGGCCAGGGCAACAUCAAAGUUCUGAGUCGAACCCUAUUCGUCGGUGGUGUGACUUCCUCGGAGGCACACUUGCGCUCACUCUUCAACAAGUUCGGUCUUGUUCAGACUUGCAUUGUCAACAUUGACAAGCGGCACGCUUUCAUCAAAAUGAUCAGCCGCAAGGACGCCGUGCUUGCCAGAGAAGGAAUGGAGUCAUAUAAAUCCGGUGACAUGCAACUGAGAACUCGAUGGGGUGUUGGAUUCGGCCCCCGUGACUGCAGUGACUACCAGACGGGUAUCAGUAUCAUCCCUGUCGAGAGGCUUACGGAAGCUGAUCGUAAAUGGAUGCUUACUGCCGAGUAUGGCGGAACUGGCGGUCGUCCGAUCGAGAGUGGCAUGGUUGUCGAAGAACCCGACAUUGAAAUUGGUGCCGGUGUUUCCUCUAAAGCCAUCAGCAGACGUAUCGCAACCGACACGGGCGGCAAACGCGGGCCUGUGUCAUCUCGCGCUCAGCAAGACCGCGGCCGCCGUCAAGAUCGUGAACCUCAGCAGAUGGGCGCCCCCGGUGCUCCUGUUGGCCUCUCCGAUCGUGAUGUAGUCAACGCCAGCAAUCCUGCCGUGGCCCCCGCCGUCCCAGGCUUCGGGUUCUCAUUCCCUGGAAUGCCUGUGAUCCCGCCCGGCUUCAUGAUGGGAGGAGUUCAGGCCAGCUCUGCCGCGCCUACGCAGCCACCGCCUCCAGGCCAGGGCAAUUAG